CAUAAUUUAUGAGAUUUUAAUGAAAAAUUUUAAUGUGAUUUAUCAACUACCUAUUUGAACCAGCAUGGCGACUGUUCGCAAAGUCUCUGGUGCUCUGAGGCGAAUUUUGAGCUUACACGGCGGCGGACGAGAAAGACUUUUUCAUGUUUCUUCAAGAGCACAGUCAGGGUCAGUUUCUCACUCUCCCAUACAUCAAGGUGAUUCUACACACAAUCCACUGCAAAGCAAGGCUGUGUGUGAUCCACUUCCUGUUUUUAUGCAUGCGGAGGUUCAGUCAUUACUGCACGCCAUAACUGGAUUUGACCUUCAACGAGUGGCCAGGACCAAGAAAAUGGAAAUAAAAAAGCCUCAGUACAAGCUCUUGACAGAUGAAGAACUGAGCUCCAUGGUGACUAGAGCACAGAAACGACUGCAGAGUCGCUUACAGAUGCCACCCUUCAUGAAAAGCAGACAACCAGUCAGACAUGUUUUGUCCCAGGACAGAGACCUUGAAGGACUUGAGACACACAAACAUGUGUUUACUGACAUAAGCUCUGGCAUUAAAGACAGGCAUAGAAUUAUUGUUGUACGAGAAACAGAUGGCACACUGCGUGAGGCAGACUGGCAUGAACGUGAUCGCAUUAACCAAAUAUACAACCCUCUUCCUGGUAGGGAGCUGCGCACUCCACUCAUGUUCAGCCCCCAGUAUCUUGAGGAUCUGUUGGCUUCAGGCAAAUUUGAGUACGUGCUUGAUGCAGCUUGUGUUCAGUUUGAGCCAGAUGACCCAGAAUACAUCAGAGUCACUCAUCGCACAAUUGAAGUCAUUGACAGCACUCACAGAUAUGAGGAACUGAGAUGCACAAGGCACUUUGGCCCAUUGGCAUUUUAUCUUGUCUGGUACAAAAAAGCAGAUUUUCUCCUUAUUGACAUGCUGCAGCGUCAGCUAUGGUCUGACGCAGGUGAUUUGGUGCGGCUGUACACCAUUGUUCACCCUGACAGUCCUGCCCAGCUCAUGAAUCUCCCGCAUGAAAACCCUCUUGAUGUAGUUAAGGCUUUCUGCGAUGUGGAGGCCCAUCACAAGGGUCAGUUGCAGCUUGCGCUACAAGCAGCAGAGGAAGCGCAUAAGCGUUGGAAAUCAACAUUGCCCAUAGAUGUGGGCACUUCUGUACAUGACUAAUUGAACACUUCUUAAUGUGUGUCCAUGUUGCUGUAGCUGCUUCAGAUAUAUAACCUAGAAGAUUAAAAAUAUUGACACUUGGAAUUGUGUUUUUUAAAUGAUCUUACCCUAACUGUUGGUUAUGAGAAUAAGUUGAAACAAGAAUCUGAGUAAAUGCCUGAAAUGAGAAUGUAUAUGAAAAAAUAAAAUGAGAAUUAUUUAUGUGA